AUGUCUUCUAUCCGUGUCUGCCAACCUCUAUUCCGCCGCGCAGCUCUGCGCACAGCACCCACCCUCAACACCACAGCCAGAAGAUUUGUCAACACCGAAACCGCCCCAACGCUCUACUCAGCCCACGCCAAAGUAAUCGGCGCCCGAAAAGGCCGCGUCGAGGGCGAGAACCUCAAUGUCGAACUCACCAUGGCCAAAGCCCUCGGCGGCCCCGGCGACAAGGGAAAGACAAAUCCCGAGGAACUUUUCGCUGCGGGUUAUGGCGCGUGCUUCCAGUCUGCUAUGAACGCGUGCGCUUCUCAGAUGGGCAUCACGAUGCCGACAAAUACCGAGGACAGUAUUGUUGAGACGACUGUGCACCUCGUGGGAGAUAUGAAGAAGCUUGAUAUGAGUCUGCGUGUGGACAUGAAAGUCAAGGUUAAGGGCUUGAAGAAGGAUGAUUUGGAGAAGGUUGUGGAGAAGGCUAAGGAGAUUUGUCCUUAUUCAAAGGCCACGAAGGGCAAUGUGGCGACGAAUGUUGAAGUUGUCCAGAUGGACUAA